AUGGGACUCUCUCCCAAACACUCUCCUCGUACCCCUACUUAUCUCUUUCCUUGUGUCAUCGCUCUCUCUUUCUUCUCUCUCACUGGUCUUCUUCUCUACAAGGUGGACGACGUUGUCAGCCGAACCGGAACCGUGGUAGGUCACAACCUCGAACCAACGCCAUGGCAUGUUUUCCCUACCAAACCCUUCGAUGAAGAGACUCGUCAGAGUAGAGCCUACAAAAUCAUCCAGUGCUCCUAUCUCACUUGUAUUAACGCAGUCUCCGGUGACAGUACUGCCACCGGAAACGCAAAAGCGCCUAAUGGUCCGGAUUGCCCGGAUUUUUUCAAGGCGAUCCGGAGAGAUCUGGAACCGUGGAUGAAAACGAGAAUUUCUAAAGGGCAUUUGGCGGAAGCGCAAAAGUUUGCGGCUUUUAGAGUGGUGAUUGUUGGAGGGAAGAUGUUUGUUGAUUGGUAUUAUGCUUGUGUUCAGAGUAGGGCUAUGUUUACUGUUUGGGGUAUGCUGCAGCUUUUGAGGAAGUACCCUGGGUUGGUUCCUGAUGUCGAUAUGAUGUUUGAUUGUAUGGAUAAACCUAGUAUUAAUAAAACUGAACAUGGUUCAAUGCCUUUGCCACUCUUUCGUUAUUGUACCACACAGGAACAUUUUGAUAUACCUUUUCCUGAUUGGUCCUUCUGGGGAUGGUCAGAGAUAAAUAUUAAACCGUGGCAGGAAGAGUUCCCAGAUAUCAAGCAAGGUGCUCAAGCUGUAAGUUGGAAAGAUAGGAAGCGGCUAGCAUACUGGAAAGGAAAUCCAGAUGUUGCAUCUCCUGUUCGUACUGAAUUACUAAAUUGCAAUGAUUCUACAGCGUGGGGAGCAGAAAUUUUGCGUCAGGAUUGGGUUGAAGCUGCUAAAAGGGGCUUUUCGGAAUCAAAACUUUCAAAACAGUGUAAUCAUAGAUAUAAGAUCUAUGCUGAAGGGUAUGCAUGGUCUGUGAGUUUGAAAUAUAUUCUCUCAUGCGGUUCUGUUCCACUAAUUAUAUCACCUCAGUAUGAAGAUUUUUUCACUCGUGGCCUUAUUCCAUUUCAAAACUUUAUGCCUAUUAAUCCUCUAGAUCUAUGUCCAUCUAUAAAGGGCGCCGUAGAAUGGGGAAACACGCACCCGAGAGAGGCUGAGGCGUUGGGGAAAAGAGGACAGGACUAUAUGGAAACCUUAAACAUGGAUCGAGUUUAUGAUUACAUGUUUCACCUUAUCUCGGAAUACUCAAAACUUCUCGACUUCAAGCCUACUCCGCCAUCAUCUGCCUUGGAAGUUUGCGCCGAAUCUAUUCUUUGCUUUGCUGAUGAGAAGCAGAGGUUAUUCCUUAAUAAAACAACGGUCUCCUCUUCACAAACACCUCCCUGUACUAUCAAAUAUGUCUAG